AUGAGUCACUUUUCUUUAGAGUGGAUUCUUCAUAUGGGAGAAGUCGAUGAAGAUACUAACCUAAAAGGGCUGGCCACCUUCACCCUCAACCUCGCCCACGACAAGGUUGCUCAAACUCAUGCCCUCGCCCUGUCCCUGGCGUCCAAGGCAGCCGAUCCCAAGCUUAAGGAUCGAUAUGCCACCUGUGCUGAACAGUACGACGAUGCCGCAGACGACAUCGAGGAUGGGAAGAACGACCUGAGGGAAGGUGACUACAAUGGCGUCAACAUUAAGGCGUCUGCAGCCAUGACGGAGGCCGGUGACUGUCUGGACAGCUUCACGCAGCCGCCGAAGGACCCAUCGGCGCUGUCUGGCAACGGGAAGACUGUGGAAGAUAUUUGUAGUAUCAUCUUGGUUAUAGCCAAUCUUCUCCUUGGGCGUGCCUAA